CCUCCCUGUCGGAGAAGCCCUUUGUGCUGCAACGCUCAAACAUCGUCAGGUGGAUGAACAGCUGCAUGCACGAGUCCUAAAGUAUACUAACUAAGCAGCUACUGAAUACUUCAGCCAUUAAGGACAAGGAUGAUUACUAUCCGCCGACUGUAUCGGGAAAUGUCCACGACUCAGGCAGGUAGGUAACUCCUGAUAGGAAGUAUUUCCCAAUUUGGCAGAUACCGGCAGUUUGCCGAGGGGGGCAAAAGCGAGAAGAUAAUCAGAUUGACAUCUCAAGCAUCUCCUUAAAUUGCGGGUCAAUAUAGGGCGAGAUUGUUCCCUCCUCCCAAAUUGAUCACGACAUCUCGAGCCCCCGCCGCUAGGUCAGCUAGACUACUACGGUAUAGUCCAGCCCGCGGGUCUAGCCACUGCCCUCAUGCCACUGGCAAGUUCGGCCGAGGCUGGCCAACAUGCGUGGAAGCGCGCCGGUUGGAUCGGGCGAAGCAGUCCAUCCCGCAGGCAUGGCCUUGAAUCGUGGUAGAUCGAAUACGAGACUAAGCAAGAGACAAUCCUUGGGAGAGGCAGAGGCAGAGGCAGGAAAAGGACAGAUAGAGAGAGCGAGAAGAGGUGGGAGGAGGAGGAGGAGGAGGAAGAAAAAGAACGGACUUGCAGACUUAGUCUUUGAAUUUCCCGACAUUAAACCAAAGGCGACACGACAGUUAACCAACUAAUGUCAGAGUGUUCAAGCUCGUGUGCUUGCGGCUGAGGUUACUAGGUCGGAACAAAUCUUGAAUUGUCAGCGGAAAGGAUCGGAGAAAAUGAGCCGCUAAGCUCAACAAUGAGAAUUAGUUAGAAUUAGUAGCCCUGCAAUCUGCAAGUAAGCAAG